AUGUGUCCGGAUGUGGUCACCAACAGGGAGCAUGUACAGGUUGAAGAGGAGAGCACCGAGGACAGAGCCAUUGAAAGCAAAGAUGUUACUGUUGACAGAUUCUCUGUAUCUACUCUUUUUGCUCCAUUGCUCGUACAUGCAGACUUUUUCAGAGUGGCAUGGGAAGCGAAUACUUUUAAAGCACUCUGUACGUCAGACACUGUUAUCCAGAGAAUUAUUGUCAAUACUCACAACAAACUGCGGAGACAGGUGGAACCAUCUGCCAGUAACAUGCUGAAGAUGGUCUGGAAUAAGAAUGCUGCAAAGAAUGCUCAAAAGUGGGCAGAAACCUGUUCAAUGGAACACAGCACUGACCAAAACUCAACAAUCCCCCGAUUCUUAUGUGGAGAGAAUCUAUAUAUGUCAAGCUGUCCAACUCCAUGGCCCCGUGUGGUACAAGCCUGGUACAAUGAAGUCAAAGAUUUUAAGUAUGGAGUUGGGAAACUAUCAGACAGAAUAAUAACCCAUUAUACUCAAGUUGCAUGGUACAAUUCCUAUCAGAUUGGAUGUGCUAUUGCACACUGUCCUAACAAAGAGCUCCACUAUUUUUAUGUUUGUCAGUACUGUCCUGCAGGAAAUAUCAUGCAUUUAAUAAAUACUCCAUAUAAAGCUGGACCAUCUUGUAGUGACUGUCCCAAUGCAUGUGAAAACAAGCUUUGCACUAACACCUGCUCGUACAUGGACAGGUUCAGCAAUUGUGACAAAUUGAAGCAGAUGAAUGACUUGAUCACCUUUGAAGAGCUCUCCACCUCAGACUCUGAUGUGCAGAAAUUGGUUGUCGACGUUCACAACAAGCUGCGUCGAGGUGUGAAGCCAUUUGCCAGCAACAUGCUGAGAAUGGAAUGGAGUGAAGUCGCGAGGAAGAAUGCUCAAGAAAAGGCGAAUUCGUGUACACUGAAUCACAAUAAGAUUGGCAGCAUGAUUGCCAACCCUUUGAAAUAUGGAGAGAACCUCUAUAUGUCGACCAAUCCUCGUCCAUGGGAAAAUGCAAUGCAGAGCUGGUAUGACGAAGUAACAGACUUUGUGUAUGGUUCUGGAGCAAAAGGCACUUCAGUCGUGCGCCAUUAUACGCAGUUGGUGUGGUAUAAUCCUAUCAGAUUGGGUGCGCUGUUGCAACAUGUCCUGAAGAACUGUACAAAUACUUUUACGUGUGUCACUAUAUUCCACCAGGAAAUGUACUCUGUAGCAACUCCCUAUAAAGCUGGACAACCUUGCGGUGACUGCCCCGAUUCUUGCGAUAAUGGCCUUUGCACCAACACCUGUCCAGAGCAGGACGCGUACGUCCACUGUCCAGCUUUGAAGAAUCUAUUUGGUUGCAACGAGUUUGUCAAAACACAUUGCCGUGCUUCAUGCAUGUGCAAAAAUCAGAUCAUUUAAGCCUCAUCUCUUGUGUCCUUUACUUCCAGAAAAAUUGAGCAGGGGAUCUUCAUAUAUCUUAAUGCAGUCAAAAACAUGU